CAAUCAUUAAGCGGUAAAAAUGAACCGCUAACAGGAAUAUCAGGAAUUACAACCGUACAACAAACGUCAACGACACCUAUUAUUUGUGAAUCACACGGACAACGAAUUGGUACCGAUGAUAUGCAACAACAACGGUAUCACUCAAACGGUACCACAAUUCAACAACAAUUAUCCGAACGAUCUGAACAUGUUACAGAACAAUAUCAACAGCCUGAUAGUGCAGCAAGCAGUCAAAUACAGCAGCAUGUUAUACCGGGUAGCAGUGGUACAGGAACUACUUCCGGUACUCAACAUUUUCCUACCGGAACUGGAGAUCUCACUGAUAUCGAUAUCUAUCCUUAUCAUAGGUAUGAUGAAGGAGAAGGAGAAGGAUUAGUAAAGACUAAAUCAGAUGAAAUACCUCAAACGAAAGAAAUUAGUGAAAUGCGACAAUCCAGAGGUCAAGUGAAGAUGCGUGAUGAAGAGAAGGUAGCUAGAAAACGUGAUCGUUCAUUCUUCAGCGAAUUACGUGAGCGAUUAAGCGGACGUCGACGUUCUAAACGACGUGCUAAAAGUUGUGAUCUUGUAGGUGGUGAAAUGGAAGAAGCGGUAUCAUUACCUCCUUCGCGAGAUAUAUCAAGGACACGAUUCUCUGAAAAAUCAAGCAGUCGACAUGAUUUGAAAUCAUACGAUGGUAGUGAAUCGAAACGUUCCACUAAAAGUUUAUAUCAGCAUAGUACAUUAUUGCUUCAAACACAUGAAAAUGGCCAAAAACGGUAUUAUCUAAUACCGCAUACAAUAUUAAAUGAGCCAGGAGCGAUAAAACUUUUACGACAAGGGAAAAAAUUACAUGUUUACAACAAUCAUACAUUUGUUGCUGUGAAAAGUCGAAGCGGUACGACCUGUAGUGUAUGCUAUCAACGAAUUGGACGAAGCAAUUUUGCUAAGCAAGCUUAUCAAUGUCGAGGUGAAUGA